CGUCACGUCCGGUCACGUCACGCCUGCGUAGAAGGUCGAAGUUGAAAGGUGACGUAGUACGGAUCGUGCUUGGACAGUUCGCGGGAAACGUCCCAAAACAAAUCCGUUCAGGUGGAGACGCGGGAAACUUCAGAGCGUUUAAUGAUCGAACUUCAGAGUCAGUAAAUUACCUGACUUUAACACCUGGACACCAGCCUGAACACUUCACCUGCAUCAUUAGCUAGCUGCUUCUCUUAGCUCAGGCUAGCAUCAUUAGCUAGCUGCUUCAGUUAGCUCAGGCUAGCAUCAUUAGCCAGCUGCUUCACUUAGCUCAGGCUAGCAUCAUUAGCUAGCUGCUUCAGUUAGCUCAGGCUAGCACAGCACUGUAAGAUAAUCAGUUAGCAUCAGCAGCUCUCCCCGGGCCGGGAGGAACCGUUACACGCUGAGGACGCUUCACUGAGCGGGGACACAUGGCGGAGAGACCCGAGGACCUGAACCUGCCCAACGCGGUCAUCACCCGGAUCAUUAAGGAGGCGCUCCCAGAUGGGGUGAACGUGUCCAAAGAAGCUCGCCGAGCCAUUUCCCAAGCUGCCAGCGUGUUCGUGUUGUACGCCACGUCCUGUGCCAACAACUUCGCCAUGAAAGCCAAGAGGAAGACUCUGAAUGCAGGAGACGUUCUGGCCGCCAUGGAGGAGAUGGAGUUUGAGCGAUUCCUGGAGCCGCUCAGAGAAGCUCUGGAGGUUUACAAGAAGGGCCAGAAAGGCAAGAAGGAAGUCUCUGAGCAGAAGAGAAAAGACAAAGAGAAGAAGACCGACUCUGAGAACGACAAGAGCCGAGAGGAAGAGGAGGAGGAGGAAGAGGAGCGCAUGGAGGAGGAGCCUGAGGCCGAGAACGAGGCGGAGGAGGAGGAGGAGGAGGUGGAGAACUGAUGAAGCUCUGAUGAACUAUGAGGUUAUCACAGGCUGGAUGUGGUGCGUUCAGGUGCUGCUGGGUCAUCGUAGAGCCGGCAUGAAUCAGUACAUCGAGGUCCGUGAGGUGAGGGGACUUUUAUUGUGGCGGGGCAGCAGCUGUCUUCCAAUAAGAAACAAAAGCACAAAGUCAAACUCCAUCAGCACUUCCUCCUCUUUUAUACCUCUUCUUCUUUUUAUAGCUCUGUCUUUUCUUACUAACGGGAUCGAUUGAUGGUAAACAAACAAACAAACAAACAAACAAACUGAGUCGUCUUUAGUAAACAGGCUCUUCCAUCAUUUCACCACAGGAGGGAGUGAAACCCUGUUAGAGCUCACACAGCAGCAGACUCAGAAACAUGAUGAUCAAAACAACUUUAGAUUAAAGGUCAAAGUUCAUCCAAACAGGAAGAGGACUUCACAAUAAAACAGGAAGUGUACGAUUUAAAUCUGGAGUAUUUUCAUCACAUGAUGUAACGUUGAGCGGAGACGUCCUCACACAGAUCUGUGUUAAUGACGGUCUGUGUUUGAGUCAGAGGACCGGUCUGUGUUUGAAUCAGAGGACCGGUCUGUGUUUGAGUCAGAGGACCGGUCUGUGUUUGAGUCAGAGGACCGGUCUGUGUUUGAAUCAGAGGACCGGUCUGUGUUUGAAUCAGAGGACCGGUCUGUGUUUGAGUCAGAGGACCGGUCUGUGUUUGAGUCAGAGGACCGGUCUGUGUUUGAGUCAGAGGACCGGUCUGUGUGUGUUAGACAGCUGACAGAGCGCGUAGAGCUAAGGAAGUUUAAACCGGAUCAGGGUCGUCUGUGAAGAAACGUUGAGCUGGACCGGGUUCAGAGGAACCAGCUGCUCCGGGGUCUGUCAGCCUUUUCUCCGUUUUGAACGUUUAUACUUUUGUAGAAUUGUUUUUGAUGGUUGAAAUUUUCAAUAAAUAUUUUGUAUAAAAAAAUCAAA